AUGUGUCUGGCGAGAAGCUUUGUGAAAGAACUUGUGAGAAAGGAGACGGUGGAGCGCGUAGCUCCAGCUGAGGAACAGGUGCCAGAACUCUGGUACUCACCUUACGGAGAUAAGACCCACACCUCAGGAAGAUGUCAUGGCCUCAGGAACGCAACCAGCGUACACCGAGUACUACCAUGCAAGUACUGCUGUCCCGGCGGACUCCGAUCCCGGGAACAACGCACCUUCGAGUACAAGAGAACCUUUUUGGAAGCAGCAGGAAAGUACCUUUGGCUAAAAGUCUUCAUGGUUGUGGUUCUCAUGGGCAUGUCAUGGUUCAUGGUGUUUGAAGUGAACGAGACCUACGGCUACCCGUUGGCCACGAACCGCAUGCUGAACUACAGGAACAAGAUCAACGUCACGAGCUACCUCAAGAAGACGAACGCGUACUCCGAGUUCUACAAGAACAGCGCUCUCAAUAACGACAUCCUUGAGAAGAUCAACGCAGUCGAGAUGGAAAGUGAUCUACACCAAAGAAUCGAAGUUAUCCUGGACUCUGGCGCAGACGACGCACAAGGAAAGGCAAUAAAGACGGAAGGCAGAAGGAUGCUGAACUUAACGUUCUUUGGCGACAAUGGAAGCUUUUGUCGCAUCCAGGAAGCCUUCACCGUUGCCUCGGUGAUCAACCCGCUGAUGGCCAUAGGCAAGCUGUUUCGAGAAGGUUGGGAGUUGCGAGUCAACGAAGAAGAAGGUAUGUGUCUUACAGAUGGAAACUCAAGAAUACCAGUGCAUCUCCACAAGAACAGCUUGGCAGCCUACGCCUACGUACAAACUCCUUCAAGAAGCAGAGGUUACAGCAGCAACAACUACAAGAUGGUUCGCACUGUUGUCCAACUCAACAAGCAUGUUCAGGAAGCAGUGAACAAAGAAGAACCUGGUUGGCACAACACUGACAGCAUGGUGAUCGUGAAGUAUGCUACCCAAAGCAGCUAUGAGAACCCAUCUCUCAUGUAUAGCCCUACGCACUUUCCGUACAGAAGCACUUUGGUGAAAGAAGAGAGAGGAUGGAGAGCAGUCGAAGUUUCAAGAAAGUACUCCGAGAAGGCAGACCCUUUUGAAGAGUUUGGUGAAGGAGAAAAGGAAGUGGUUACAGCCAUUUCAGCAAAGCCAAUUCCACUUUGGAUCCUUGGCACUCCUUACGCAGCUGGAGAUCGAGCAGACCAAGAAAGCCAUGGUCGUGACUACUGGAAGAUGGAUCUUGAGAAAGGAGAAGUUGUUCGUCACCACGUAGUACCAAGAACUGUUUUGUUCGACCCGACAGGUGUUUCCAAUUGUCCUGUCCUGCUUGGAGAUCUCGAGAACAGCAGAUAUACCCAAGGAGACUGUAUCUAUAGUACAGAAAUCUACGAACACAGCGACGACUGGAGAGCAGACCGCCUACCUCUACGUGAACACUUUCGGUUGCCGUGGUUUGGUCAAACAAGGUUUCGAGUUAAGCCAGAAGUUGUUGAAGACCUGAAGGCAGAAGCUGCAGCAGAGGAGCUAAAGAAGAAGAAAGAAGAGCACUGCCAACGGAAAGAGGACUCAGCAGCACCACCAGCAGCAGAAGAGAGCAAAGAUGAGGAGAUGAGAGAAGCACAAGCAGACCAAGAAGCACCACAAGAAGUUGUUGAAGUUUUGGAGGAAAGCUUCUACCACGAAGGCGUCGAGUACACAGCACAAAGAAGCAGCCUCAAAGAACUACAAGCACUUUGCAGAGAGUACGGAGUCAAGACCACAGGAAGCAAGAAGCAGCUCUUGAAGAGACUCGCCACAGCAGUCAGAGAAGAAAGGCUCAGCACACAACACAAGGAACAACGGGAACACCACCAAGCAUACCACUUAGCACCACCACAGGAACCAACGGAAGAGGAGAGAGCGUACCACAACUUGACGCACCUUCCGUAUCAGCCUUGGUGUCCCCAUUGCGUUGCUAUGAAAGCACGAGAAGACAACCACAAGAAAGGAUUGAGCAAGCCAAGCAGCUCUACGGAUUCCGCGAAGCCCGUCAUCAGUUUUGACUUUUGCUAUACAAGCACCACAGGAAGUGAAGAGCCACCUGCAGUGACUCUUGUCGCUGUGGACAGCUGGAGUAAGGCAGUCUUGGCAGUGCCCUGCAAGAGGAAAGGAGGAGCAGGAAGCACAACACACCUCGCGGAAGCACUCGUGCAGUUCACCACGCAGCUCGGGUACAAUGCCCUCGUUCUCAAAGCAGACAACGAGAACGCAGCCAAAGCACUCAAAGACAAAGUACAGAAGGAGUCUUUUGAGAAGGGAACGCAACUUGUCUCGGAUGCACUUGGGGGUAAAGCCCUGUCUACCCUCCAGAAAAGGUACGGGCAAUUAUCCAAGUACGUCACUUGGUGCAACGACACAGGAUGCAUAGGCUUCCCCCUUUCUUCGGAUCUUGUUCGGCAAUACACCGAGUUUGCAGUGAAGACCAAAGGGCAUGGAUCAGUGUCCAGCAACCUUGAGUCUUUCAACUUUGCGAUCUAUGUCCUUGGUGUUUUCAUUAAUGAGCCUCUCCGGUCUGACCCGGUCCUGACAGGACGUGCUCGUCGCGAGAGAUUGAACAAGCCUCCCAGGAAGCAGGCUCGCUCGUUUCUCGUUGCAGAAGUGCUUCACCUCGAGGGUUUCCUUGCAUCCGAAUCCAAUGCUCUUUUGGACCGGUUUGCCGCUGGUUGCAUGCUCUUUGCGAUUUUCUCCAGGGCGAGGUUAGGCGACUUGAAGUCCGUGUCAAGGUUCACGCUUGACCUUGCAGAGCCAUCUGCAGACUGCGCCGAAGGGUUUUUGGAGUGUUACUCUUAUAGCCAUAAGACUAAGUCUCUUAGCAAUGCGCUCGGCUUCAGGUUGCCUCUUGUGGCUCACGUUAAAGGACUGGGGCCUCGCAUCUGGGGGCUUGACUUCUUGGAGGUUGCACGGCAAGUGGAUCAAGACCUUCUUCAGAAGGACGAUGGUUCCGCGCUGUUGUGUGUGCCCACGUCUGUGGGCUCCUUGCUCAACCAUCCAAUCAAGAAUGAAGCCUUCGUGGUGUGGAUCAAUGGCAUCCUUAAGGAUCUCCCCUUCUUCGGAGGUCACUUCACCGGCCACACAGCAAAGUCUACCUUACUUCCUUGGUUGGCCAAAUGGGGCGGCUCUGAGGAUGACAGGGCCAUUCUUGGGCAUCACAUGCCUAAGAGCAAAAGCGUAGCCACUUACAGCAGAGAUCUUCAGGCUGGGCCUUUGAGGGUGCUGUGGUCUCUUCUGUGUGACGUUCGGUCUGGAGCUUUCCUUCCUGAUUGCACACGCUCUGGCCGCUUUGUCCGUCAAGUCGAUGAUCCAGGAGUGGAGCCGGCCCUUGAUGCUCUUCCUGGUUUCUCUGAUGGGGCCCUCAGCCCUGACCUCUACCUCGGCGCCUUAGGUGAGGUCCAAGAGCCUGUGAGCAUGGGCAGCGAGGUUGGCCCUGAUGAGGAGUUGGCGUGGUACCGCAACCAAGAGCUGGAGGAUGCCGACGUCGAUGCUUUCAUCAACGCGAGCCGUGGCAGUGAGCUUGAGCCCCGGGGUCUCUCAGACCCUCCGCCCGAAACGGGGGCUUCUGACGAUCCCCAUGCGGAGGGGGCGGCAUUUGAAGAACUUGCCACGGAAUGUGGCCUUUCAAGUGCACAGCUGCUGAUCCUGAAAGGGAAAGGUGUCUCGACGAUGUCGUCAUUGGCCUAUGCUGUCACCACCCCGGGUGUGCAGCCUACGGAGCUUGCCCUUCGUCAGCUUUUGGAUACUGCCACUCCUGAAGCUGUUUCAGUUGGUGCCUUAUCAUCCAUUCGACGCUGUGUGUUUGAGUGUCAGACUUGUGUUGUGCAGCAACUUAAGCUCUCAGUCGAAGGGCAUGAGGGAGACAAGAAGUACGACCUCCCGCCUGCUGAACGCACCAGCCGCAUUGCCGCUCAAAAGACCAGGCUUGUCGGUUUUGAGUUAACCGGCGCGAUGGAGUGCGCAUACUCCUGCUACACUCUUGUGGGCUCCAUGCUUGAAGCCGACUCACCAAUUUACUUGGAGCCCCAUAGGUUCAUCACCAGGCAACAGGAGGUUUGCAGAGAAAAGCCCAAGCGUGAGAUCGUGCUCGAUGGGGGCACCAAGCUCACUGUUCGUGAUCAGCAGAGUCGUGAUCGUUGCCAGAUCACCAAUGAACUUCAGCUCUGGCAGGCUCUUACACGUCGGAGCUUAGCCUGUGACCUUAUGGGUGCCAUCAGCUUCCAGGUGCAAGAAUCUUGGCACCGCUUUCUGUUCGAUCGCAUGGCUCAGCCUCCCCCUCCGAGGUGCAGCAAAGUUUCCAUGGAGCAAUUGUUGAGGGCUGAUCGUCAGGCUUGGGUUCAGUUGGCUGAGACGGUUAAGACGCUUAAGAGGGAUAGUGCUGGCGUGUUGCCUCUUGAUGCUGCCUUCCCGGGUCUUCGCACUGACCCUGCUGUCCUGUUCAACCUCCUUCCUUUGAGGUCGCCUGAUCCUCCUCAGAAGAUCCCGAAUCCGGAUAAGGGCAAUGGUAAGGGCCUUGAUAAAGGUAUCAAGAGGGACUCUGAAGGCCAGCCUCGCAAAGAGUCCCAGCUUCCUGAUGCCCUCAAGAACAUUCCAAACCUUAAGAAGAAGACCUCGAAAGGCAAGCGACUUUGUUGGGCAUACAACAUCAAAGACAGGGGUUCGAAUGCCCUGCAGCUUCUGCUUCUUGACUCUCGCGCGAGUCCGGGGAGACCUGCACUGACGAGGUUGAUGCUUCUGCCGAGGUUAAACAUCCGGACGUUUUGCAUCUUUCCACACUUCUUCCUCUUCCCUUUGAUAACCAUCAGUCCUUCCUUCGAGUGCACCAGUGCUGCUCUCUUUGUCGACUCGCAGACAGCCCUGCAUCGCGACAGCUACAACGCGCAUGGUGGUGUGUGUGCGGCUGUGCGCAGCCUCGGCAUGCAAGGCUUUGCAAUCAAUCGUCAUCCCCGAAACACUCGGGCUCCUGUUGUUCCGUUGGAUCUUUCCACUGACAGCGGCAUUUCGCUUCUGCGAGACAUCCUUUCGAAGGAUAAUGUUGUUGCUGUGCACAUGUCACCUCCUUCCAACUUCAGUGACCUUGCAGUAAGCAUUUACACGGAGUGUUGCGCCAAUGGUCUUCUUUGCUGCCUUGACGCCCCGUGCAGCUCCAACCUUUGGAAACUUCGUGACCUCCGGGGUGCCUGUCCGCAAAUCUCCACCCACUACAGUCCUUGCUUCGUGCACGACGGGCUGUGUCAGCAUAGGCGCCUGCUUCACAACUUCCCUGCACUGUCAAGCCUUAGCUUUCCGUGUGGAGGGGGAUGCAAACCACCAAAUCCGGCGUUGCCUUUGUCUUCGUCCCCUGGUCAGCUUUGUGCCAUGGCAGCAAGGGCCUUUGCUGUUGAAUUGCAACACCAGGGUGCUCGGUUUCCAGCAGCAGAACUUCAGGAGCUUGGGCUCCCGUUGGCACGAGCCGCUCAGGUUGCCUCCGGAAAGCAACCCAAAGGCAAACGUGUUCCGCCUUUGGUCUCUGAGUACAAGUCCAUCAUCACGGAGCGAACUUAUGGUAUCGCGUGGACCCCAGAAGAGUUCGUCAAACAGGCUCGCGGAGCUCUACACCCCAGGCGUAUCGAAAAUGGUGUGCCAAAGAUUUUAAAAGAGACCAUUGUGCGAUGCGCCCAGGAGUCACCUGCCGACCUUGCCAGGGAACGCACUGCUACGUUGAGGAGGUGGAUGCUUACCUCCGAGGAGGCGGCAUCCCGUGCAGAUCCCUCCGACAUGCCCGACCACUGUGCCGCAGUUCUUGGUAAGAAAUCUAUGAAGGUCUUCAAAUCGCUCCUGACUGAGGCCGAGUACCCGGACACAACCUUGACCAAGGUUUCCGCUGCCUCGCUUACCGUUGAGGAUGUUCGUGCAGCCACUCCCCUUGCCAGGAAGGCCAUCCUUGCCUCUACCAGAGAAGGUUUCGACCGCGAGGAAUCGGACAUCCCCCCGGAUGCCAUAGCUGAAGAAGAGCGUGAUCUUGCGAUCUGGUUCGAGCGUGUUCGCAGUGAAAGCAAUCCUGCAGAUGAAGAACGCGAACAGCUCGAGAACGACGAGGCCGCGAGCGACCCUCCGAGUUCGGAGGUCAACAGAGCAGAGGAAACAGACGGUUACCUCAACAUGCCUCAUGAUGAUGAAGUCUACGAAGCAGAUGAUGAGUUUUUGUACGAGUCGGAAGAAGAAGAAGAGGAGACAGAGAGUGAACCAACGGAAGUUUCUACCAAGGUCCCUGUCGAGUUCUUCGAUGAGGAGAAAGGACCACCGAAUGUGGAUCCAGAUUUUCUUCAGAAGUUGGAUGAUGAAGCUACAGUCAAAGAAAUCAAGAGGUUAACAAAGAUGGGAGUUAUUUCUUUGGUUUCUACGGACCCUCAAGAAGCAACUGAGAACGUACCUCUGGUAGACUCAGAACAAGAACUUCACAAAUGGUUGACAACGAAGUUGGUGAAAGAUUGGAGGUUCAGAGAAGCUACAGGUUUUGAAGUUGACGAAGCCACAGCAGGAAUUACGAAACUGGUACCCAUGCUGGCUCUCGCCAACAAUUGGGCGAUCUACAGUGUCGACGUGAAGGACGCGUUUCUACAAGUCAACGCGACGCAUCCAGUCUUUGGUCAGACUUUUGUGAUGGUCUUUUGGUGGAAGAGAAGUUUGAGCGUUGCACAGCAGUUCCAGCACUUUACCGUCUUCUACGACAAGGAAAAGUGGAAGUACACGUACGAACAUCAUGAACUACGAGUACAUAGCGAUAGCAAGUACGUGAAGAAACUCGUGGAGAUCCUCAAGCUGGAGAAGAAGAAGGUGAACUACGACGUGGACUCCUUCGACGAGGCAAAGAAAGAAGUGACAGAGAAGACAGAGAAGUUGAAGAGGGUUGAGGAAAGCCUGGAGAAGGAAAAGGAGGAGUUCAGGAACCAGAAGGCAGAGUUUGAGGAAACAGUGAAAAGGUUUUUGAAGAAGCAGAAGGAGGCCUUAAGCGAGAAGGAGACAGCCCUUGAAGAAGCUGAGGAGAACGUCAAAGCAAAGGAAGCAGAGGAAAGAACCGUCGGCUACGACCAAGAGAGAGAAGAGUACGCCAAGAAGUACGUGGACGACGCAAAGAAGGACUUGGAGAGAGAGCUUUCAGUACUAAAGCAAGAAGAGAAAGUAAGGAACCAAAAGCUCGACGACCUCCAGUACGACUACAAGAGCCUCAAGGACGACUACCAGUACUUCAAAACUUACUCGCAGGAAGUGGACGCACUUCUACUUGCAGCUAAGGACAGGAUCGUGAAGUACAAGAAGAAGGUCAGAAGCCUCAAGGAAACCAUAGGUGCAGUCUUGUCAGGAAGUGAAGGUGAAGAAGAGACAGACGAAGCGUACAAGACCAAAGCAGAGGAAGAGAAAGAGAAAGCAGAGGCUAAGGCAAAAGAAGAAGAGAAGAAGAAAGGAAAGAAGCCAAAGCAGGUAGAGACAGAAGAGCCAGAAGAGAAGCCCUCAAGCAACCAAGGAGACGAGAACACCUUCGACCCGAACGACAUAGCCGAGUUCACGCAGCUUGGUUACGUGUGGGAGUUCAACAAGAAGACGCAAGAGUACCGCGCGAAGUGCGAGGACAAGAAAGGAGCCGCAAGAAUCAAGAACGCUCCGGUGAAAGGCCGCCUCCUUUGGAACAAGGUGACGGAGUGCUACAGAAGGCACAACGCUUGGUUUACAGACGGAAAGGAAUUGGAUAAAUUCCUCGAGACCAAGGAGAACGAGAAGAUCGAGGAAGAGGUGCAGCGACGCAUCCACGCGAAGGGCAAGUACGACAACCAAGGAACGAAGGGAAAAGGCCCUUCCUGGGACGACGGACAGAACGACAGUUGGUGGUACAACGAGCAGUGGAACAACGAGAACUGGAGCACCACCGACGACGGCAGCAACUGGUACGAGAACGCGAACCCACAGAACAAAGGCUACUGGCAGACGCCAGAAGAGUGGGCACAGCAGAACCAGUGGGAGCAGUGGACACCCAAAGGAAAGAGCAAAGGCAAGAAGUCCAAGAACUGGGUACAGACCCAGUGA